UCCGAGCCUCAGCAUGGCUGCUUUACUCAGCACGACUCUUAUCUCAAGUGUUCGGAGGCUGCACUGCAGCGCGGCGGCUCGGGCGGGCGGUCAGUGGCGACUCCAGCAGGGCCUGCCUGCGAACCCCUCCGGGUACGGGCCCCUCACGGAGCUCCCAGAUUGGUCUUUCGCCGAUGGCCGCCCUGCUCCCCCAAUGAAAGGCCAGCUGCGAAGAAAAGCUGAAAGGGAGAAAUUUGCAAGACGAGUUGUGCUGCUGUCACAGGAAAUGGAUGCUGGGAUACAGGCCUGGCAGCUCCGGCAACAGAAGCUGGAAGAGGAGAGGAAGCAGAGAAACGUGCUGAAGCCCAAAGGGGCUUCACCACAUGGCCCACCCCCACAUCAAUAAAAGCAAAUCACACCGUCUUCUCUUCCCCAGCCUCUCUGGUUCACAUUUGUACCCCCUAAGGCCUCAUCCCAGCCAGAAGACAACCUCGCUUCCUCCUCCUCCGACACCAAGAAGGACAGGCUGCAAGAUCGUUGCCUGUGAUGCUUGGCUCAGUGCCCUCAUCCUGGCUGCGUGCCAGUUUAACAGGAUCUUGCUCUAGAAUCACUAGGCUGUGCACUCCAGGCAGCAGGACUGGCCCAGCCUGGAGCAGUAGUGGCUCUGUGCACCUGAAGCCUGAAGAGCAGUUCUAACCGGGCACCCAAGCCUUUAAAGCCCACCCACACACAGCUUGGGCUGUGUGCAUGCAGUGGGUGCUUAAUAAAUAUAUUUUGAUUUAAAAA